ACCAAAAAAGAAAAAAAAAAAAAUGGCGGGGGAGGGGUGAGGCUCAGAAUAAGGAACAAUCCUUUGGCUUGAAUAUUUCAUUUUAUGAAAAACUUACUAAAUUUUUCUCACUUUUCCACAAGAACGACUAACAUAGCUGCAGACCAGUGUUUAGGGGUCACUUGAGUGGAAACUGUCUGGCCGACCUUGGCUCAUACGUUUCUUUUCUCGUUAGGGAGGGAGUGACCCGGCAAAUCUGCAUGCUGUGGCGGUGCCUCCCAGGGCUGCUCCGCGGGCCGCCGACGGCUGGACCCGAGCUCCGUCCCGUGUUGCCUGCGCGCCCCCGAAAACCCCGGCGGUCAGCGACUGCAGGCACCUGCAGGCCGACAAGACUGGCAGGCGGACAGCGACUCAGCUCUGAAGGAUGGCUGCCAUACUGGGAGACACCAUCAUGGUGGCCAAAGGCCUUGCCAAGCUGACCCAGGCAGCUGUGGAAACCCACCUGCAGCACUUGGGCAUCGGAGGGGAGCUGAUCAUGGCGGCCCGGGCCCUGCAGUCUACGGCUAUGGAGCAGAUUGGCAUGUUCUUGGAGAAAGUGCAGGGUCAGGAUAAACGUGAAGAAUCUUUUGCUGAGAACUUCAACGGCCCAGAAGGGGAGUUCCACUUCUCAGUCCCGCAGGCAGCCGGAGCCUCCACAGACUUCUCUGCGGCCUCCACUCCCAGCCACUCAGCCCCGCCCCUGGAUCAUGUCCACAGCGAGGGCCCAGCUCCUGCCUACGUGGCCAGUGGACCCUUUAGGGAAGCUGGGUUCCCUGGCCAGGCCGCCUACCCUCUGGGCAGGGUAAACGGGAGGCUCUUUGCAAACCCCAAAGGCUCAUUCUCUGCCACGGGCUUUCAGCGAAGGUUCUUCCACCAGGACCAGUCCCCUGUGGGGGGCCUCACAGCUGAGGACAUCGAGAAGGCCCGGCAGGCCAAGGCUCGCCCUGAGAACAAGCAGCACAAACAGAUGCUUAGUGAGCAUGCUCGGGAGCGGAAGGUGCCUGUGACAAGGAUUGGGCGGCUGGCCAACUUCGGAGGUCUGGCCGUGGGUCUGGGUUUCGGGGCACUGGCAGAAGUCGCCAAGAAGAGCCUGCGCUCCGAGGACCCCUCAGGGAAGAAGGCUGUGCUGGAUUCCAGUCCCUUUCUGUCUGAGGCCAAUGCUGAACGCAUCGUACGCACGCUCUGUAAGGUGCGCGGCGCAGCGCUCAAGCUGGGCCAGAUGCUGAGCAUCCAGGAUGACGCCUUCAUCAACCCCCACCUGGCCAAGAUCUUCGAGCGGGUGCGGCAGAGUGCGGACUUCAUGCCAUUGAAACAGAUGAUGAAAACUCUUAACCACGACUUGGGCCCCAACUGGCGGGACAAGCUGGAGUACUUUGAGGAGCGGCCCUUCGCCGCCGCGUCCAUUGGGCAGGUGCACCUGGCCCGCAUGAAGGGUGGUCGAGAGGUGGCCAUGAAGAUCCAGUACCCUGGUGUGGCCCAGAGCAUCAACAGCGACGUCAACAACCUCAUGGCCGUGCUGAACAUGAGCAACAUGCUUCCAGAAGGUCUGUUCCCCGAGCACCUGAUCGAUGUGCUGAGGCGGGAGCUGGCCCUGGAGUGUGACUACCAGCGGGAGGCUGCCUGCGCCCGCAAGUUCAGGGAGCUGCUGAAGGGCCACCCCUUCUUCUACGUGCCUGAGAUCGUGGACGAGCUCUGCAGCCCACACGUGCUGACCACAGAGCUGGUGUCCGGCUUCCCCUUGGACCAGGCCGAAGGGCUCAGCCAGGAGAUACGGAAUGAGAUCUGUUACAACAUCCUGGUUCUGUGCUUGAGGGAGCUGUUCGAGUUCCAUUUCAUGCAGACAGACCCCAACUGGUCCAACUUCUUCUAUGACCCCCAGCAGCACAAGGUGGCUCUUUUGGACUUUGGGGCAACACGGGAAUAUGACAGGUCCUUCACUGACCUCUACAUUCAGAUCAUCAGGGCUGCUGCCGACAGGGACAGGGAGACUGUGCGGGCAAAAUCCAUAGAGAUGAAGUUCCUCACCGGCUAUGAGGUCAAGGUCAUGGAAGACGCCCACUUGGAUGCCAUCCUCAUCCUGGGGGAGGCCUUUGCCUCCGAUGAGCCCUUUGAUUUUGGCACCCAGAGCACCACCGAGAAGAUCCACAACCUGAUUCCUGUCAUGCUGAGACACCGUCUUGUCCCCCCACCUGAGGAGACCUACUCCCUGCACAGGAAGAUGGGGGGCUCCUUCCUCAUCUGCUCCAAGCUAAAGGCCCGCUUCCCCUGCAAGGCCAUGUUCGAGGAGGCGUAUAGCAACUACCGCAGGAGGCAGGCCCAGCAGUAGGGCUGGGGCCCAGGCCAGCUCCGAGGGUACUGUGUCCUUCAGACAGGCCAAAAACCAGUAGGGAGGUGAUGGUGAUGCUCUCUUUAACUCCUUUGCCCAGUUAGAAGGGGUGGCUGGUUCUCCUGGGAGGCAGGGGCCACCUGGAGCCCUGGAGCCAGUGUAUUCCACAGUUCCCGUCACUGAAUGGUUGUAGGGUGAGAAGUACAGGAGUGAAGAUGAAGCCCCACUGUGGGUCAGUCUGCCUCAGGUGUCCUCUGAAAUAAGUAGGUGAAGAUGAAAGGGCAACUUUUUCUUUUCCUGAUGUCAAUGUUAAGCAGAAGGGAGAGUCCUUACUCCCUUCCAACCUCUGCUCCAGUUCAAAACCCAGAAACCAGAACACAGAUAUGAUUGUGGGAUUUUAUCAUCAUCUGUGUAGUAGGGGGUGUGUGUAUAUGUGUUUCUAGAGUGAGAUUUGUGUUUUCUGCCCUUUUCCUCUCCGGCCAGUGGUCUGAAGCUGGGAGAGAUGCUGAUCUAACAGUGCCAACAAGUCCUCCUUAAGCCUGCAAGGCUCAGGCCUGUGGGGCUGGCGCUCACCUUUGACAGCUGAAUGUUUCUAAAGAACUGCUGCCCCAGGGGGAGGACAGGAGCUGCAGAACAGGCAAUGCCAGACACACUGGCUGCUGCUGGAAGGCAGAGUGGGGCCCCCUUCCUCUGUCUGAGGAGAGAUGCAGGUGUCACCAGUUCCAGCCGAAGCCUCCUCACGGGCUCUGUCAAUUUUUGUACAAGUCUUAUAAUUAUUGAAUCAAGUUGUUUUAGUGUAAUAAAAACGCUUGUGAGAAGUG